CGGGUGGCUGAGGCUAGCGGCGGCGGUGGCUUUCGCUGUGGGGUCGGGGUCGCGGUCGCGGCCGAGGGCAGGCCGCAGCGAGUUCGGAAGCGAAAACCCCGCAGGCAGCGACGCCACGCGAGGGCUCCUUGCCGCUCCCCCAACAGGCUUCCCGCCAGGAUGGCGUCAGCUGGAGACCCCCACGCUGGCCCACGUGAUGCAGCAGACCAGAACUUCGACUACAUGUUCAAGCUCCUGCUCAUUGGCAACAGCAGCGUGGGCAAGACGUCCUUCCUGUUCCGCUAUGCAGAUGACUCCUUCUCACCUGCUUUCGUCAGCACCGUGGGCAUUGACUUCAAGGUCAAGACUGUCUACCGCCACAACAAGAGGAUCAAGCUGCAGAUAUGGGACACGGCAGGACAGGAACGGUACCGUACGAUCACCACAGCCUACUACCGCGGAGCCAUGGGCUUCCUGCUCAUGUACGACGUGGCCAACCAGGAGUCCUUCACCGCCGUGCAGGACUGGGCCACACAGAUCAAGACCUACUCCUGGGACAACGCACAGGUCAUCCUCGUGGGGAACAAGUGUGACCUGGAGGAUGAGCGUGUCGUGCUUGCCGAAGACGGCCAGAGGCUCGCCAAUGACCUCGGUUUUGAAUUCUUCGAGGCCAGUGCGAAGGAGAGCAUCAACGUGAAGCAGGUCUUUGAGCGCCUGGUGGACAUCAUUUGUGAGAAGAUGAAUGAGUCCCUGGAACCCGGCUCCAGCCCGGGCAGCAAUGGGAAAGGCCAGACCUUGGGGGAUGCCCCACCUCCCCAGCCCAGCAGCUGCAGCUGCUAGAGAUGGUCCC